ACGACAUGGCCGUUAGUAAUAGCAGGUAGCUGAUGGCUAACAGAAAGUAAAAAAAAAAAAAGCACACACACACACACACACACAGUCGGAAUCAGUGUAGGGGUAUACUGUGGUCCUGUGACAGAAAGGCGUUUCUCGCUGCCUGUGGCGCGGUGGGAACACGGCAGUGAUAAGGAGCGUUAACGCUGCGGGUUUGUAACAGCCUGGCUAACGACUGAGCAAUGCGUGCCUGUUCAAAUGUAAACAUCCGGCCGCUGGUUCGCGCAUGUUUGUGUCGUAUGAAGCAGCUUGUUUUAACAUCUCUACCGGCACCUGAUUAAUUCAUCAAUGUGUGUGUAAGCCUGAUGAAGAGCUUCCUGCAUUGCUGACAUUUUAUAAGCAGCGCCCUGUGUUUGACUUCUGCAGGGUUUCCAGACUUGGAGAUAAAACGCGGACCAGAAGCCUUCAACUGCACCACCAGGAUGAUGAACAUCUGACUGCAUUCGAAUGAAGUGAGCUGAGAUCUUCAUUAUGGGUUUGCUUCACUUUGUCUUCAGCGCCUUUGGAAAAUGCAUUGAUCUCAUCUGCCUGCUUUUGGACGUCAAUUACAUGGUAGUGAACUCCUUGGUCCGGUUAUUCGCAGCGCUCAUCCAUCUGAUCGGCACUCUCCCCACGCUGCUCACUAAUUCACUGUUGGAAUGUGUGGAUCUCUGUCUGUUCUGCGCAAUCACCAUGAUGGACGGAAUGACCGCCGUGACCCACAACGUGAUCGGAGGCUGGAUGCAGCUCCUUGGCGGAUUGCUUGAAAGCUGUAAGAUGAUGGGCUACCUUUCCACGCAUGUACUGCUGCGCACCAAAGAGCUUCUGCACCGGGGGCUGCUCUCCGGACAAGGCCUGCUGCGGCAGAUCUGUGAGGGCUGCGGCAUCGUGUUUAGCCUUUUGCUUUACUUCAUCAACACCAUCGUUAAUCUCCUUCUCAUUGGGACGCAGAACCUGUACGCCUUGCUGCUCGGCAUGGUCGAAGCUGUAGCCAGCCCUUUACAGAAAGCCCUCGAGUUGGCCUUGACUGUCCUUACGUUCUUCUACAGCACAUUGGUGGGCACCUCACUUCUGCUCUGGACACCGUGCAGACUUGCCGUGGAGUUUUUGAGCUCUCUAGGACAACUCUUGAUCAGCAUCUUUUUGCUGAACUCCUAUGGGCUCCUGUUAACCAUAGCCAUAAUCUUAAGUGCCGCUGUGUACCUGAAUCCUGCUUUAUGUCAGAGUGUAGUUCAGCGAAUAACUGACUAUGUUAACUUGGCGCCCGCUUUGCAACGGCUCCAGAGAACGCGACAGCGGUUGUACUUGCUGGAAAGACACUUGUGGCAGGGUAUAGCCUGGGUGCACAGUCGUCUUGGGCUUUGGAUGACGCUCGCAGGAAGGGGGACUAUCGCAACUGAAGAUGGGACAGUUCAGGAUGUCAACCCGCAACGGGAAGACCCUACCGAAAGAGAAGAAACUAGGGGUGAGAAUGCGGGAGACGAACCCCAGGCGCAACCGCCACCUCCACCGCCGCCACCACCACCUGCUCCUGAACUCCUAGAGCGGACACAUCCCAGUUGCAGCUCACGGAAACCUCUGCGGAAAAUGGCGUCAGAGGACAGCUGCAAAGCUCCUCCCACUGAGAACCUGCUCACGCUCCUUCAAGAGCAGGAGGAGAGAAAGAAGUGUGUCAUAUGCCAGGACAGCACCAAGACCGUUGUGCUUCUGCCAUGCCGCCACUUAUGCUUAUGCAGAGACUGCACCAACAUCUUGAUGCGCCAGCCCAUCUACCAGCACAACUGCCCACUGUGUCGCCACAUGAUCCUUCAGACUAUGGAUGUCUAUCUUUAAACGACUGUUUCUUUAACAUAACGAUGAAUCUCAGGUUAACGAUGCACGGCUAGUUUCCUGUCGUAAGCUGCGUUAGUCAGUAAGGCUGUGUGAAUAUGUUGUCCAUUCCACUGUGCUGAAUCUUUUGCUAGAGUCAAUUGUAAAUACACAUGAACAUUCCCUUUUAUACACAUACAUAUGGUGAGGCUUGUAGCUAUCGCACAGCCCUUUUUGUAUGCGUUUUUCCCUCUCUAGGAUUUAGCUUUUGUAUUGAUGCACACUAAAGUUUUAUACUGGAGUGCUGAAAACUUGAUUGUAAGUUUUACUCGGAGUAAGAACUGAAAGAUGAGCUUAUUUAAUUUUACUGCAAUCCGAAACAGUGUAUGCACUAUUCAUUGGCCUAAAUCUGAGCUCUCAUUAGGCACAUAUUUGUGACGCUGCCAUAUAAUGUGAAUAGCUUGUUUUUGCUUGACCACUCGAAUCACCAGAUUUCUUUCUACAAAUUUCAUUUGUUAAAAUGGUUUAUCGAUUUGCUCCGAGUACCCGUUCAGCACAUCAUGUUUUACUAUUCCUGGAAGCCAUUUUUGUUUUAAAGGGUCUUGUGUUAAAAAUAGUUAAUACCCAAGCUUUCUGUUAAUCCACUUUAGAUAUCGAUGUUUCGGUUUAGUGUGUUCGUUUUGUGUCCUUGGAUAAAUAUUAUCGAUUUGUGCAAUAUGAAACUUAAACAUCAAAAAUCCAAAAUCUUUCAUGUUAUUCUGUUAUAAAGGAUCAUAUUAAAGAACCACAUUCCAGGAA